AAUUUUCCCCUUUGCAGAGUGUGUUAUAAGCCAGCUUACGCGUGUUACGUUACCAAAUAAAAAGUUUUCAUAGCACAGUUAAAAAGAAAAAGUUUAAAAUACCCAUAAGAAAAUUUAAAUAAAUUAUAAAAAACGAAACAGCAGCAAACCAAACUAAUUUCAAAAAAACUUAAAGGCAACAAUAAAACAAAAAAGAAGACGGCGCCAAAAAGUUAAAAAAAAACAAGAAACGCGUUAAGAAUAAAAAAUAAAGUUAAAAGCUAAAAUUUAUGUCGCCCACAAACAAAUAAAGAAAACAUUGUUGAAAAUUAACGUGCUAAACAAAACAACAAUUUUCCUAGGAAAAAUAAAAUAUUUUUGUUAAAAUAAAUAUAGAAAUAAACCCAGUAACACACGUUUUUGUGAUCGCUCAAAAAGUAAAAUAAAAUUGUGUAUUGAAAAAGGAUUUUUUUUCCAAUUAAAAGAAAAAUAAUUCCAACUAAAGCAAAAGAUCCCAGCUAAUUUUUAUUUGCCAAUUUUAAUUGUUGUAAAUCUUUUACGAAUUAAAGAAUUUUUUGUGUGUUUUUGUAAAAAUAGAUCGAAAAAACAAUUGCAACUACAACAAUAACCAACAACAAGGAAUUGUGAAAUUUGUUUCUUCCUCUUUUUAACGUAAAAUAACGUUUAAUUAUAAAAUUUAUAAAGAAAAAAAAGCAGCUAUAGCAGCAGCAACAACUAACUACCAGCAAUACGACAACACCAGCUGUAUUUUAUUGACAACAAUUUCAAAAUAUUACAAAGAAUAUAUAAAUAAUAAAAGCAAAAAGACUAUUCAACUGUUGGCGUAAAACACCAAAAAGUAUCAACAGCAGAAGCAAUAGCAGCAUUUAAAUAAAGAAAAUAGAGGAGACAAAAUAGACAUCGACGAAAGAUCUAUACACGGUGACAAAGAAGAAGAAGAAUAAACAGAAGAAGGCCAAGAAAGUACAAAUUUGUGUUCUUUCUUUUCAAAAUUCAAUUCACUCUUGCCAGCCACACAGCCAAACGAGCCAAUCAACAACAGCACAGCUACACCAAACCCCAACACGUAAAUUUCAAAUUUCAAAAUAUUUUCGUACAAAAGUUUCUAAACUAAACUAAAGUAAAAUAACAAAAACAACAACAACAACAACAACAAACACAAUAGCUUGCCUAACAUUUUCAAAAAUAAUUUCGAAAAAAAGUGCAGCAGCCAGCCAACAGCAGCCAUAAAAUACUUUCAAAUUAAACAGACAGACAAGACAGACAUUUAUACAAAACGGACAGACAACUAGCUGCUUUAUACUUGUAGAGGUUUUUAAAAAGAAAUUUCAAAUUUGCAAUAAAUUCAGCUAAAACAAAACGGUGUGACAAAAGUAGAAAAAAAAAGCCAAAACGCUUAAGCAUCAUACUAUAUAUUCAACACGCGGCAAUAGAUCUCUGUGCUACAAAUAACAACAGCAACACACUCUGCUACAAAUAAAUAAAUAAAAUAAAAUUUAAUUCUAUAGCUACCAAGAAAAGAGCAAAAAAAAAGAAUAAAAUAUAAAAGAAUAAAAGUAUCUAAAAAUAUCUAUAAUUUUUGUUGAAAAUAUCACGAAAAUCAGCUGAAAAACAAACCAAAACCAUACGUACUUAAAACAAGAGUGAUACUAAAAUAAUAAUAAAAAUAAAUUAAAUAAAUAAAUUUAACGAACAAAAAACAAAUUGGUUGUAAAGAAAAAUAAUUCUUAACGAAAAAUUCAAAAACAAAAAAAAUAAAAACUCUAAACGACUUGUUAUUUUGUAUAUUUCAAAAGAAAUUUAUUUAUUAAAACAGCAAGAACGAUCUCUGCCUAAUUAUAAAAUAAAAAAAGAAAUAUUAUUAAAAUAUUAACUGGUUGCUUCUAAAGAAAAUUUACAAAAAAAACAAAAAAUUGAUUUAAACAAAAACCUUGUCAUCGAAUUGUUAACAAUAAUUUAAAGAAAAGCCAUAAUUUACACCACAAAAAAAAAAAGAAAAAUAAAAAAUACGGCCGUUAUCUAGUUUUUAAAACAAAUACACACAAAUCAACGUUAAAUUAGUUUUAUUUUUAAAACUCUAGUUAGUUAAACGUAAACGUGCGCAAAAGAUUAACAAGCUCAAAGCUUAAGCUAAGCUUAAACCUUAAUUACUGCAAUACACUUAUUUCUACAUCCAUUAUUUACCCUAUGCAUAAAAUGGCAGCACAUAAUGGAGCAGCGCCGCCGGCGGCAUUAGAAGGUCCCUUGUCGGCCCCCAAAUAUGGUACACUGAUACCGAAUAGAAUUUUUGUGGGCGGUAUAAGUGGCGACACAACAGAAUCCGAUUUGUGUCGUGUCUUUUCCGCCUAUGGUAAUGUGAAGUCCACCAAAAUCAUAGUGGAUCGUGCUGGUGUUAGUAAAGGUUACGGUUUUGUCACUUUCGAAACGGAACAAGAAGCUCAAAGGCUGCAAACUGAUGCUGAAUGUGUUGUACUGAGGGAUCGUAAAUUAAAUAUUGCGCCAGCCAUUAAAAAACAGUCAAUUGUGGCUGCAAAUGGUGCUGUCUAUUACACAACUACACCUCCAGCUCCCAUUAGUAAUAUGCCUAUUGAUCAAUUUGCCGCCGCUGUUUAUCCGCCAGCCGCUGCAGCCGCUGGUGUGCCAACAAUUUACCCACCUUCAAUGCAAUAUCAACCAUUCUAUCAAUACUACAGUGUGCCAAUGAAUGUACCCACCAUUUGGCCCCAAAAUUAUCAAGGUAUUUAUCCAUGUUAAUUUUGAGGAUUAAACAAACAAAAACAAAGUAUAUAUAAAGAAACAGCAACCACAAAAACAACAAAAUAAAAUAAAAUUUUUAAACCACCAUCCCAUCAUAAAAUAAAUAAAAAACCAACCAACAAACAACAAGCGAUAAACCAACCACAGCUAUAAACUACAAUAAUUAUAGAGAGAAAAACAACAACAACAACAUCAGCAACAGCAACAAAUUAUUAAAUACUAAAUAAAUAAAUAAAAUACUACAGACAAAUUUAGAAAAUUUAACAAAUAUUUUGAAAAAUAAACAAACUGCAACUACAAUAAAUAACAAAAAUCUAAAAUCCUCCCUUACCAAAACAAAAAAAAAACAACGCACUUUUAUGAAAUAUGAAAAAUAAAUGGACAAACAACAAAAGAAAAAACAACAUAGAAAUAAAAACGUAUUUUUUGGAAUAAUUUGUAAGGAUGAUAGACAACAACAACCAACCAACCAAAGCAAAAAAAAACAACAAACAAACCAACCAACUACAGCAACAUCAACAAUACAUACACAACAACAACAACAAUACCGAGAGAACUACCGAAAAUUUAUUAUAAUCAUUAAGCAUAAAUUACUCCAGCUCAUUUUAUGUAGUAAAAACUACUACUACUCUUCUCUUGAUAUUUUUUCUACAUACAAACAACAAUACUACUACUAAAAUAAAAAUAAAACAACAAUAAAUAUUACGUAUACUACUCGUAGUACCAACAACAACAACAACUAUAUGUACAUGCAAACAAACAAACAAACUAAUAUAAACAGCCAUUUUGUUGAGAUGAAAACUGUUUAUUAUAAUAAUCUGUUAUAUUUUUUUUUUGUAUUUUUUGUUGUUUGUUUUGUUUAUUGUAUGAAAAAUCUUGUUGUAUGUAGCAAAAGAGUACUUUUGAAAGGAAAUGAUAAAAUACAUACAGUUUAUAAAGAUGAAGAAUAAUAAUACAUAAUAAUACCAACAACAACAACUACAAUUACAAAACUACAUAUAACAGUAACAACAAUAAUACACUAACAUCAUACUACUCUCUGACACAGAAACAACACUCACUCACACACAAUAGUUCUUAUUAAAGUUCUUGUUUGUUUAUUUUUCUUUACAUUGUUUUUUUUUAUUCUUUUGCUCAUCUUUUAAAAUUUCCGUUAUUUUUUUUAACUUGCUGAGAGUAAAAAGAGGAACAAUAACUACAAACAAAAAUGGUCGAAUACACACAUACAUACAUUCGCUUGUCUUGCUUGUUUUUAGCGACCCAAAGGAAAUGAAGUAAUAGCAACGAACAAAAAAAAAACGGACAUUUUGUUAGACAAAGCGUUAAAGAACACUCGCACAAACAUAUACAAAAUGGAGUAGAUUUUCUUUUUUUUUCAUAUACUUAAUAUACAACAAUAAAUUAACAGACAAAAAAAAAAAGCUUACGACCCAGAAAGAAAAGAAAAUGAAAGAAAAUUUUUAUGUUUUUUAAAUUGCACGCAGUUUAAAGAUGAUUUUAGAUUUAAAUUAGCUUUAAAUAAGAGCGUAAGUUUUUGUUUUUUUAAUGGAUUAAGGGGAGUUUAAACUGAAAAAGAAAUGAGAAAAGUAAUUGGAUUCGUGAUCAAAUGAGGUUUCGUAACGAAAUUAUAAUGAAAUAUAAUAGACUUCUUGCUCGAUAUCGAAUGUAAUAAUCUUAAAUUAGAUAAUGACGAUAUUUACUAGAUCAUAAAUGUGGUAAUUGAGAAACUCAAGUCAAUUUGAUUUGUCAAAUUUAGGCGUUAACCAGAAAUUAAGGUGAUUAGAGCAUUCCAAUCGGGAUGUAUUUUCAAAAAAUUUUGAAGAGCCAUGACAAAUCUUUGUCAUAUUUUUUAUAUUAAUACAUAUGUUUAUAAAAUUUAGACUCAAGAAAAACAAUCUUCAAUUAUUUUAGUAAAUAAUUUAAUAUUUGAGAUAACUUUGACAUUUCAUUCUGAAUUCUAAAAAGAUUAUAUUAAAUAUUUAGCUGCAAAACUGAUCGGUUUAUGCCGGUUUUAACAAAUAGAUAUCUAUCAGUGGUCAAUUUAUUAUGGAGUAAAAAUAUUGAAUAAUUUUUACCCAUAAAUAUUUAUUUGAAAUUAAUGUCAAGUUAACUUUUAAGUAAAUUUAUCUGCUGGGUAUUUUACACCUUAAAUAUCUAAAUGUUCAAAUUACGGGCAUAAAACGAUCAGUUUUGCAGCUAAAGAUUUAACAUAAUAAAACUUUUCAGAAUUUUUAUUAAAAUUUUAUUAUACACAACUUAAUUAGCAAACAAAAUGUCUAAAUUAAGCUUCAAGGAAUCUCAUAUGAUAAUUAACGAUUUCUUUGCUCUGCAUUUUACAAAUUUCUGUUUUUCGAAUGGUUUCAAUGUGCAUACUUUACUCUCAACUUAGAGGAACCAACUGUAUUUUUGUUGGGUUUAAACAAGGUUAAAAUUAUCCAUGGUAUCAUAAAAUGUUCCGAUAAAACUUAAUUUAGCAAAGCUGGUAUUAGUUAAUCACUAGAAUUUAAAAUGUCUGGCUCUGACCGAGGGACUAAUAUGCAAAUCAUUUCUUUAAGCGAAGUCUGAUCUGAAGUCAUAGCAUUAGAUGCUGAUGAAUGAGGACUUGUAAUAGGCAUCGAACACCUCGAAUUUCCAUGUAUGAGAUGUUUAUAUUUAUGUCAUAUUCAGCCCAAUUAUGAAAAAAUAAAUCCCCGGGAGUUUUUUUCCUUUUCUGAUUUUUAACAUUGAAUUUGAAAAGGAAAAAUGGGAAAAGGGAAAAUACUGCCGGGGAAUUUUGUUCAUAAUUUUUUUUGGAUUUGUAUUAGCCACAAUUGCAGUUAGUUCUUGAAACAUUUAACACAUUUUCGCACUAAAAUGCGUAAACAUAGAUGUUCCAAAUAAACUUCUUUAAAAUUGUAAAAGGUUUUUAUAAAACAAGAGUUUAAAGCAGCAGUGAGUUAAUAGAUCUUAAAGAUAAUUCGCGAUUUUCUUUAUUAUUGGUUUAAACAAAGUUUAAACUUGUAAAAAUUCACACAUUAUUAAACACAGAAUUUUCAAUAAUUCUUUUUUUCUUUAAAUAAAGUUUAAACUUAAGUUUAACCGUUAAACCGUUUAAACUAUCAGCCCGGGAGUUUUUUUCAUAUUCAAAUUCAAUGAUAAAAAUAAGAAAAGAGAAAAAACAGCCGGGUAAUUUUUUUUAUAAUUGUGCUGUAUAUUUGUAGUUAUGUACUGUGUUUUCUCCUCCUACCUUUGUCCUGUGAUCAUCACUGUUUUAUUUUAAUAAAAGUUUAAUUUAUUAAUUUAUAUAACUAAAGCCUUAUUUAACCAUACAAAAUUUGUCCGUUUAAACUUUAUUGGUUUGGUUUGAGUUUUACUUCUUCUAUUUGAUUUAAGUUUAUGUUCUAUUGUGCGUUUUACCAAACUACGGUUUAAACUGUACUUAUAACUUAUAAAACAUUGACUGUCUGUUUUUGUUAAAAAUGAAUAGAAAAUAAUUUCGUUUCUGUUUUAGAGCUUAUUUCUGCAAAAUCUUCUAUGUUUUGGUUAAACGAAUGUUUAAUCCAGCAGUUGUAGCGUUUAGUUAACCGUUCAACUUUCGUUUAACUUUAUCCACCUGUUCUGUAAACCCAAUCCCAUUCGAAAAGAAAAUCAUGUUUUCUUUCGAAUAGAAUUACAACCUCCAGAGGUAAAAUUUGGCUCGAAAAAGUUUCGAAUGGAUAUUUUGGUGUUCUUUAAAUCAAAUCCAUGUGAUUUACUUGUUUUAAUCAAAACUUUACAAAGUUUUGAACAUAAAUUUUGUUAAUUAUUCGUUUUUUAAAAUCACUCUAUUUACAGAACAAAUGUUCUGUUUAAACAUCACUUAUUAAUUUGGUUUACAAGACAAUUUUUGUGUGGUUUUUUAAAGAAAAUUUUAUUUUUCGCCAAACAAAACCAAACUGUCUAUUCUCUUUAAACAAUAAUAAAGUGUCUUCGAAUUGGAAACACGACUUCUUUAAAAAGAUCAACAAAAAUCUCAUUGUGAUCAACGAAAGCUCCGGCUUUCAUAAGAUUAAGUAAUUUGAAAUUAGUAGAUAUAAAAUGAGGCCAUCAGCGCAAAAGUGAUGUAAUCCACAAUUGUUUGAUUACUGUUCUGGUGUUACAUACAGUCCUUACAUUACCUUUUAGUGUUCAAAAGCUGAUGAAGCUGAAAAAAUCGUUUUUGCACAGAGCUUAUUAUAACAAAGUAAUGUAGCAAAAGUGUUGUAAAUAAAUAGUUUGGAGUUACACCACUUUUGCACUGAUUGCCUCAAAUAAUGUCGGUUACUUCAUAAUACGAUUAAAAUUUUCGAAUAACAAUGUAAUAAAUAUACAAGUUUGAACAUUUUCAAAUCGAGUUAGGAAGGAAUAAAUAGGCAGGCAACAGAGGGCGAGGGAAUACUUAGUAAUCUUGUUUCUAUUACAAUGUUCAUGAAAAUAUUUCAAUAAUUUUCUAUUUAUAUAUUAAAACAAUAUACAAAAGAGAAUCAACAAAUAUCAGGGAGUCUAAUACUAGCAUUUGUUAUCGAAAUAAAUUUCGAAUGCUUCUUAGCUUUCGAAUAAAAAUUCGCUCGUUAUCGAAUGACAUUAUUAUAACGAGUUCAGAUGAUGAUUUUUACUACUUUGGUUGCAUGAAGGGUGAACAAAAAGACUAGAGAAUUGAUGUAACUUUUCGGUAUGUGUACCCUUCGUCUUUCUCUUUCCUCUCUCUGCUAUAAACUUGGACUUGCUUCAAGAAAAAUUGCUGUGUGUAAAAGCAUACAAAGGAGAAUUAAGAAAAAAAAGACGUCGUAAAAAUCAUGGUCUGAAUUAGGUGUUGUAAAGGUCUGUAGAUUUUAUUCGACAUCGGUAAAAAUAAAAUAAGCUUUCGCUCGUAUACGAAUGCAAGAAUUAAUAAUUUUUUCGGAUAAUUUGUUAGCAAUAUUUCGAGAUCAAAACAUUUUUAAGGCCUGGCUCACUAAAUGAUAACGAACAUUUUCUUUCUUAUCAUAUAUUGAAACAACAAAUAAAUUUGAUUUUUUUUUUAUUGUUUUCAAUAUAAAAUAAAAAAGAAAAUGUUCGUUCGCAUUUAGUGAGCCAGGUCCUUAAUUAUAGAAAAAUUUACAAAUAAAUACUAAAGUUGUACUUUUACUGGAUUCACACGAUGACCUUUUAUGUAACUUUAAAUUAUGAUUUUAUGAGAUUUUAUGUAAAAGUAAAUUCAAAAUAGAAUUGAUAAUAUUGCAUGACUGAAAAGUCAUCCUGUGAAUCAUGUAUUUCAAAUUCGAUUCCCAAGGGAGUUUAAUUUCGUAUUUAUCAUAAAAAUUUGAACAAUUUUGUUUUCAAAUUGAAUUAAACAGUUAUUUACUUGAUAUUUUGUUGAUGGUCCUUCGCAGCUAACUAAACACACUUGUACUUUGUACAAGAGUUUAAAAAUAAUUUAAAAAAUUUAAGAAUUUUUGAAGAUUUAAAAUGAAUUAUAUGAAAUCAUUGUUUCAUUCAAAUGAGCCGUAAGCUUUUUUUUUUGUUUAUGACAAAAAGAAAAAUCUAACCUUUAAAAACAAUAAAAAUAGCAAGAAAUAUAAAAAAGGCAGUUUAUCUCUUUAUGGAAUAUUUUACUGAUCAAUUAUUAUUAUAUACAUAUAUAUAUGAUAUGAUUAUAUACAACUACCCACAAAUAAAUAUUAAACAAAAACCACAAAAUAUAUACAUAAAUACUAUCUA